AUGGCCAAGGUACGUGAGUUUCUCACACUUAAGCAGAAUUCUCUAAGCGUUCAUGAAUAUGGGUUGAAAUUCACCCAAUUGUCCCGUUAUGCUCCAGAAAUGGCUGCGGACAUGACGAGUAGAAUGAGCUUGUUUGUUGCUGGGUUGGCUCGUCUGUUGAGUAAAAAAGGUAGGGCCGCAAUGCUAAUUGGGGAAAUGGAUAUAUCGCGGUUAAUGGUGUAUGUGCACCAGGUUGAGGAAGAGAAGUUAAGGGAUAGAGAAGAAUUUAAGAACAAGAGAGCCAAGACAGGAAAUGAGUUUGGGCAGCAAAAGAGUAGUACCAACCGGUCAUCUUUCCAACAGAAACAAAAUGGACUACUCCAUCAUCUUCUAGUGCACGCGCACCUAAGAACAAAUGUGAGUACAAUAGUCAGAAUUUCAGAGCUAAACAAGCUUAUUCUCCGGGUAGUGUGGCACAACGGGGUAGUAAGCUUCCUGCAUGCGCCAAGUGUGGUAGGAAACACUCAGUCUUCUUCAGAUGCUCUACUAGACAGAGCUGCACCUAGAGGGGCUACUUUUGUUACUGGCGGAGGAACAAACUGCUUAUAUGUUAUCAACAGUCACCAAGAGCAAGAGUAUUCGCCAGAUGUUGUCACUGCAACGUAG